AAAAAAAAAAUGUUUUUCAGCAUCUUUCUGAGUCUCUCACUCAAUUUAUUGCUCUGUGAGGCUGCAAGUAUCAUAUUUUUGGACAACCAAGAAAAACCAUGCAACAAAAACAGCGAUGACAGCCCCAAUCUUGAAAUAGCAAAACUUCAGGGCAGAAUUAAAUAUGCUGCCCGAAGCUGCAAAGAAAUUCAUGACAAGUAUCAGGUUUACGAUGAUGGGCUGUACUACCUGAUCUCCUCAAAAGGAGUCCUUUACCAGACAUACUGUGACAUGACCACUGCAGGCGGCGGGUGGACGCUGGUGGCCAGUGUUCAUGAAAACAACAUGUACGGAAAGUGUACAGUUGGUGACCGCUGGUCUAGUGAGCAGGGUAGUGACCAAAACAGGCCUAAUGGUGAAGGGACAUGGGCAAAUACAGUCACAUUUGGAAGUGUAGAGGCCUCUACAAGUGACGAUUAUAAGAAUCCUGGAUACUUUGACAUUCCCGCUCAGGAUGUGUCUGUGUGGCACGUUCCUAAUAAUAUUGAGUUGGAGCGUUGGUCUACUGCCUCCAUCCUGAGAUACCACACUGACAAUCGCUUCCUAACCCUACAUGGAGGAAACCUUUUCAAUUUAUUCAAGAAAUUCCCUGUGAGGUAUGGAUUGGGGUCAUGCAACGUCGAUAAUGGUCCAGCUGUUCCAAUAGUGUACGAUACUGGAAGUACAGAGUCUACCAAAUUACUGUAUGGUCCCAACUCAAGAACAAACUUUGACCCUGGAUUCAUCACAUUCAGAGUCUUCAAUACUGAAAAAGCAGCCUUGGCUCUUUGCUCAGGUGUUAAACCGACUGCUUGUAACUCUGAACAUUUCUGUGUUGGUGGAGGUGGAUUUUUUCCUGAGGCGUCUCCUAGACAGUGUGGCGACUUUGCAGGUUUUGACUGGGAUGGUUAUGGUAUUAAUGCAGGAUGGAGUGCGUCCAAAGAGAUAACCGAAGCAGCUGUACUUCUCUUCUAUCGCUGAAAAUU